AUGCCAAUCAACGGCUUCUCCAAUGAACAUGACUACGAGGUGCAAGCGUACAUGGUAGCUCGCAAGAAAUACCUCGCAGCAGAGAAGGAGCGGAAACAGCGGGACAAGGCGCAAAGACGAGCGAUCCAACAAGCUCGCCAGAGGCACUUGGCCACGGAGCAGAUAGGUGACGGCAGUGUCUUGAAGUAUCUGAAAUCCUUGGUCUUUCGACAAACCUCAAGUCAUGUCUCGCAGGAGCCGGCAUCACUCCUAGGAUUGGACGCAGGAUUUUCAGAAAGCGAUGCGGACGAAAUAUCGUUGAAGAAAGCAUUGGACGAGUCUUAG